UAAAGUGACAUCAAAUUAAAGUUAACUCCGUCUCAAUAUCAUUUAUUAUAUGUGAAGACUUUCGCCAAUAGUGAAUAUAAUUUUUUUUAGAGAGUUCAGCGUUUUUAAAUCUAUAGAGUUGAUAUAUUUUCAUGUUCAGAGAUUAAGAGUUCCCAAAUCAUGGCCAUCGGAGAAGAAAAUCAACAAAAAUGUGUUUUAAAUAGAAAUGCACCAGCUCCAACCGCACCGCCACCUGAUUAUUACACACUAUUUCCGAGCCCGCUAUUAGUUCCAAAUUCACAACCCAAUGCCACUUUCAUUCCAAUUACACCCCAUGAAUAUAGGCUAGAUAAUCACAAUGUUCAAAACGAAGUCACAAUAGAUCAAAAUCGUGGCAAUGUUGUAACAUCAGUUCCAGUUCAAAAUGAAUUUACGCAGAUAGAAAUUCCAACUGCAGUCUCGCCACAAGCCGAUACAACAUCAACAACAUCAGACGACGAUACUACAUGCUCACGUGUUUGUAUUACAAUUCCCUUAAUAUAUUUACUAAUUCGAAUUUUAUUAUAUUAUUAUAGACAUUUUAAAUAAGAAGAAUUUGAAUUUGUUUGUCACUUUGAGUUUGUUUGAGUUAGACAAAAAGUGUGCCACGAGUCGCUGAUUUUCUCGAUUCAGUCUUAUUCUUCGAUUUGAAUUCAACGGAUUCUAUGCUUUAUUCGUUAUUUUUAUAAUACUAUCACAAAGUAGUUAGCGAAGCCCGAUCAUGGUAUAGGAUUUUCUAUAUAAACCUUGUAACUAACAACACCUCUAAUGUGUAUUCCGAGUACUAAUCGACGUUUGUAACAAUAUGGCCGUCACGGUUUGGCAAAAUCA